UUUGUAGUUUAUUUGUAAAUUGUUUACGUAUUUACUUGAUAAGACGUACCUAUAGAUAGUUAAAUUGGAGUAUUUAAUAUACAACUGCUACCGCGAAAGCAGCUUUUUACUUUUUAAGUCGCUUUUUAUUGUGUUAAAAACUAAAAGAGACAUCUAUUCCAUACAGCGUCACCACAGCCAUGCUGUGGUUUACUUUAUUAAGUAUAUUUGUCGCAGGGGUUCAAUGUACUACACUAUUAGAUUGUAUAAAACAUGUAUCAAGAAGCCGGCCCUUAUACCGUGCAAGUACCUCAUAUCUUCAAUUGGACUGGAUACGAUGUAUUUAUUGUCAACCUGAGCAGAUUCAUCUUUCAUUUGGAGAGAAACCUAACGACAUGGUGGUAACCUGGUCGACCCCGUGGGAGACUACGAGCGUGGUGCACUACGGAGCCGGCCACCUGAACAACGUAGCUAACGGAGACAGCUGGUGGUUCACAGACGGAGGGCUGCGCCGGCGCAAGCAGAGGAUGCACAGAGUUGUGCUGGAAGAUUUGGAGUUUAAUACCACUUAUUUAUACAACGUGGGCUCCGAGUAUGGGUGGUCGGAGCGGUUCAGCUUCACGACCCCGCCGGCGGGGCAGGACUGGGUGGUCAGUGCUGCCAUCUACGGGGACCUGGGCAACGAGAACGCUAAGUCGCUCCCGUACAUCCAAAUCGAGACUCAGGACGAUCUAUACGACUUCGUGCUACACGUGGGCGACUUCGCUUACGACCUGCACUCGAAGAACGCCCAUGUAGGCGACCAGUUUAUGAGACAGAUCCAGCCUAUCGCCGCCUACGUGCCGUAUAUGACAUGCCCCGGGAACCACGAGGCCGCUUACAAUUUCAGCAACUACAAGAACCGGUUCUCGAUGCCCGGCGACACUGACGGCCUGUACUACAGCUGGAACCUAGGACCACUCCACCUGAUUGCCUUCUCCACGGAGCUCUACUACGAUAGAAGUAACGGCUGGUUCGAAAGACUCAAGCAGCAGUGGCGGUGGAUCCAGCAGGAUCUUAUUGAGGCUACGAAGCCGGAGAAUCGGGAGACAAGGCCAUGGAUCAUUAUGUACGGUCACCGGCCGAUGUACUGCAGCAGUACCAAGAACGAGUGCGACUUACCUGACGUGCCGCAACGAGCUGGUCAAGGCCUACCCGAACCCGGAUAUGGUUUAGAGCCUAUGCUGAAGAAGUUCGGCGUGGACCUGGUGAUCUUCGGCCACGAACACUCGUACGAGCGUUCGCUGCCCAUGUACGACCACAAGGUGUACAACAGUUCCGGAGACGACCCUUACGUUAACCCACUGGCUCCAGUGCAUCUUAUAACCGGGUCAGCGGGGUGUAGAGAACACACUUACAAAAUAGAUAAGAACAAGCCGUGGAUAGCGUUCAGUUCUUCUGACUAUGGCUACACCAAAUUCAAGACACACAACAAAACGCACUUGCAUUUUGAACAGGUUUCAGUGGACAAGCAAGGUAAGGUGAUUGAUUCGUUCUGGUUGGUGCGUGAAAAACAUGUGGCGUAUCAAUUACCUUAAUGUGAUACGGCGUCAACACGUAAUUUUUAAUAAAUCCUUUUAAAUAUAUAAAACUAUAUAAUUCACAGAUUAUAAAUGUAAAAUUAAUUGUCUUAUUGUAAGUAAUAUAUUUACGUAAAUAAAUAACAUGUGAAUAAGUAAAUAAAUUA